GGUGCCGUCCUGGUCCCGGGGCGGUCCCGGCGCCGAUGCGGGGUCUCGCUGCGGAUGGGGUCCCGGUGCCGGUGCCCGCCCCGCCGGUCAGGUGACGGCGGCUGGAAUUUGACACCGGCGGCGGCGGCGGAGCGGGAUGGAGCCGCCGCUGCCCCGCACUGCGCGUCCGCUCGCCGGCACUGCACCCCGAGGCGCACCGGGACCGGGACCCGCACCCCGAGGCGCAGCGGGAGCAGCGGCGGGAGCCGGUGCCGGUGCCGGCGGGGCAGCGCCGGCCCCCGCCCGCGCCCCGCCCCGGCGCGGCGGGCGGCGGGGGGCGGCGGGGAGCGGAGGCGAUGCGGGGCGGCGGCUGCCCGGGGGAUGGUCCCCGCCGCGGGCACGCCAGCAUGGAGCAGCGAGCGGGGCCACCAGAGCCAAGACCUGCAGGACCCACCACACACCCACAGCUCAAGGAAGGGAUGCUGUGGGGGCUCCUCGCCAUCCUCUCGCUGCUGGCCGGGCUGGCCGCAGGCACCCUGCGAACGCCACACUGCAACGAGACGCUGGACGCGGCCCCCACACCGCGGGGCAUGGCCACCGCCAGCCCGGCUGAGGAGGACGACGUGGAGGUACCGCUCGCCGCUGCCUGGAGCCAGCUGUACGGGGACAAUGCAACGACGGGUGGCCCGGGCACCAUGGAGCUGGCAGAGGACCUGCUGCUGCGUGCUGAGCGCUCACCGCCAGGCACCGGCAAACCCAAGAAGGGGACACGGAAACCCUCGCGGGGGACCCGUGGGCGCAACUGCCACAUCCGCAACCUGAUGGUGAAGGUGCGCGACCUGGGCCUGGGCUUCAACUCGGACGAGAUUGUGCUCUUCAAGUACUGCAGCGGGUCCUGCCACCGGGCGCGCAGCAACUACGACCUGACGCUGGGCAGCCUGCUGCGGCAGCAGCUCAUAACCCCAGGGCCGCAGGAGCGGGUCCUCAGCCACCCCUGCUGCCGGCCCACCCGCUACGAGGCCGUCUCCUUCAUGGACGUGCAGAACACGUGGCAGACAGUGGAGAAGCUCUCAGCGGCUGAGUGCAGCUGCAUCGGCUGAGGAGGGGGCUGCCGGCUCGGCCCCGGCUCGUCACAUGCCGGCAGACCCCGGCUCGUGGUGCACAGCAGCACCGAUGCUCAGAGGAAGGGUCUGGCGGAGGCGCGUGCCCCAGGUUUUACAUGGCCACAAGGGACCGAGGCGAGAUGGAGCCGUGAUGGGGGCGUGGGCAACCGAGCCCCCUCCCGCUCAGUGCCAAGCAGCUGGUUGCCACCGGCUACGCAGGGUCCCGGGCCGGGUGCACCCCGGCUCAGCCCUGGGAGAGGAGCAUCCCCGCUGCUCGCAGGGGCCUGCCAGCCUGGUGCCCCCCAGCAGCACCCAGCUUGCCUGUGCCCUGCCUGGACUGGUGCUCCCGCACCCCUGCUUUGGGGGAGCUGGGGCCAAGCGUCGCCCGAGCUUCAGAGGGGGACAGAAAGGGGGCAAAGCCUCCCUGUCCCUUCGGGCACCCUGGGGGUGGUAGCGGCCAGAGCUGCGCUGCAAGGAGGGGGUGUCCCCUGAGGACAGGGGUGCAGGAGGGCCAAAACCGUGCCAGCGCAGUGUGGGGGACCUGCACCCGGGCUGGCAGCACCCCCCGGUGCUCCGCAGGGCAGUGGGGCACGGGUACCUGCCGGGACCCCUGCCCGGAUCCCAGGGGGGUGGCAGGGUCCCCCUGCUGCCCCUGCGGUGCUGCGGCACUAAACUAUUUAUUACUCUAAAUUAUUUAUUUAUUGUUCUCGAGCGGCAGCUCCUAUUUAUGACUUUGGGCCCCCGGGGGCCGGGUGUAAUUUAACCCCAGCGCUGCUGUGAAGCCCUGGGCAGCGCCCGGUGCCCCGUGCCCCCAGCCCCCUUUUUUUCUAUUAUUUGUAAAAUUUGAGGGAUAAACUCUAUUUUUGUACAGUCGCCUUUUACCUGUAGCAAUAAA